AUGAAUAGUUGGAAUGUGAAUUGGAUUAAUGAUGUGAGAAAUGGAAAAAGAAAUAAGACGAGGAAUGUGAAAAAAAAUGAAUCGAAUCGUGGGGGUGUCAUAGACAACAUUUCUUGGUUCGAAUUUGUCACAUUCGAUUGGGUCACUGUAAUUUUAAACAGAUUAAGAAGAGAUGGAAAUUUUAAUCUUCCCAAAAUUGAAGAAGAUACUGCUAUUCAGUAUUAUUCAUACAAAUUAGAAAACAAUUUAAGAAAUGGUAGACUAAAGUACAAACGAAAUGUGAAUAGCAAAGUUAAGAAAAAUGGGGAUCAUGGAAAUUAUGCUCAUGAUGAAAGAUACAAAGAAGAAUCAUGCUUUCUCCAAAAAAGAGGAAUUAUUUGUGCUUUAUUGAAAACUUUUAAAUUGCAAUUAAGUUGUAUUUCUUUCUUUAAUAUAAUCCACACCGCCUUUCUUAUAUUUGUUGCUUUAUGUAUAGAAAAUUACAUUUUACUUAUAAAGGGAUAUCAAAAUAUUUCGAUACCAUUUACAGAAAAUAAUAAAAAAAUUAUCAUGGGAUUCUUCUUAGUUCUAGUUAUAUGCUUAAAUAUAUUUUUUGACGCUAUUUUGACAUUCUUUGAUUAUCGCUUAAGGCUUAACAUGGAAGUUACUCUUAUGUACUUUUUGUAUAAAAUAAAUCUUGACCAUUUUUGUGGUAGAAUAAACUCCUCUGAGUCUGCUUGGUUUGAGGGUGAGGAUCCUCCCAUCAAUGAUACAGUACUCAAAGAUGUUAUACCUUCCUCUCCAAAUCAGCAUCAGAACACAUCUGACAAGGUUCCAGAGAAAAAAGAUGCCCAUGCUCUGAGGGAUCAACUGAUGAAGAAGGAACAAGACAAAAGGGUCCACCAUGUGCUCGUCGAGGGGGAUUCGCGCGAUUCAGUUUCCAAUGACCCGACAACUUGUUAUCCGACAGCUUGUCAGCGAAUACCAUGUGAACCUGCACCGAAUGAACCUGCACCGAAUGAACCUGCACCGAAUGAACCUGCACCGAAUGAACCUGCACCGAAUGAACCUGCACCGAAUGAACCUGCACCGAACGAAGCUGCACCGAACGAACCCCGGGGAGGAGUACAUCACAGUGAUGCGGGUGAUCAAAUCACGCAUAGACCUGAGGAACAGAAUAAAAUUUGGUCAAAUAAAACACACACAAUAAUGGAUCCUGAAGAUGACGAUUCUAAUGGAGAUAUCCCACCCAGAGAAAGGCUGCCACGGGAAAGACAAAGGGUUGUGGCACGAGGGAAUGAUGAAAUGGGAGAGGUGGGCAAUAAGACUAAUCAGACGCAGAACUAUUUGGAGAACCAGUUUCUAAACAAUGAACAGAGAAGAAAAAUACAAUUAGUGCAAGGGGAGGGGAAGAUAGAGGCCGACUCGUGUGACAUAAGUAUAUACAACAUUAUGUUCGUGGACACGCCAUUCUUGAUAUACUUCAUAAAUGCAAUGAUAGAUAUGUGCAAUAUGUUAAUAAAAUUUAUAAUUUCAUUUUAUACAUUUUACUACAAAAUGGGAAGUGAAGCAGUGAUGAGCGGAGUUUUACUAAUCCUGUCUCUGUAUAGUUUAAUAUUCUCCUUUGAAUUAUCAUCUAGCUUAUUUAAAAUUAAGCAUCUUAGAUGUAGAGAUUCUAGAAUAAGUAAUAUGCACCAUAUUUUGAAAGAAUAUAAAUUAAUUAAAAUGUUUAACUGGGAAUCUAUAGCAUUUGAUUAUGUAAAUGAACACAGGAAAAAAGAAAUGAAAUUUUGUAAAAUACGUAUAUACCUCAGUUCACUGAGCAAUUAUAUAAAUAAUAUAUCCAUGAAUAUUAUUGAAGUUGUAAUAUUUUUUAUUUUCAUAAGAGGAGAAUUAAAUAGUAACAAACCAAUUAAUGUCAGUUCGAUAAUCACUCCUCUUUUUGUUUAUAAAUCUCUCAUCUCUGGUAUGUCCAAUUUUCCAAAUAUCAUAAAUAAUCUUUUAGAAGGUUCUAUCAAUAUAGGAAGAAUCAACAAGUAUAUACAGCAUUACCUCUUUGAGUACGACACAAAUGAACAUAGUACUGAUUCAUCCUUUGAUAACAAUUCUUAUUAUUACGGUUCUUCCAGUAGACUUACUGAACAGCAUGGACAAAUGGAUAUUUCUAAUUGUAGUACUAAUGGGUUUUCAAUGAAUAAUAAUAACUCCACAUCUAUACUUAUUUCAAAUGUAGGAAAAAAAAAAGAAAAAAAAAAAAAAAAUUAUGAACAUGAAUUCAGAAAAACUAGAAACACGCAAUAUGAUGAGGAAGAAGCAGAAGAAGGGAUAGGAAGAUUUGCAGGAGGGAUAAAAAGAAAAAAAAACUGGAGAAAUUUUUUAAAAUUUGUGGUUUCCCAUAAUGAGUAUGACAUGGAGGAGAGAGUUCAAAAGAAGAAGGAAUUUUCCAGUUAUCAUUCUAAUAAAUAUAGAAAUCACAAGAUUAGAAAUGUAUAUAUGUGCCAUUCUAAUUAUCGCAAGCAUUAUUCAUCUUUUUGCAUGGAAGGAAGUACCAUGGAUGAUAACUCUCAUGUUGUUUUUUCCUGCGAAGAGAGAAAAAAAAGAGGAGCAACUUCUCUAACUUUGAACAGUUGUAAUAAGAAUGGACAUAACAGCAAAUGCAAAGAUGUGAUAUUGAAAAUGAAGAAUUGCUACUUCAUUGCAAACAAACGCAUUAGUAGUUGUGUGACAACCAAUGAAGGAGGAGCAAUGUUACUGAAGAAUAUUAACUUGAUUGUAAAAAAUAAUUCGCUAACUGUGAUUCUUGGAAAUGUGGGUUCUGGAAAAACACUCCUUUUUAAUUCACUUUUGGGAAAUUUAAAAUUAGCACAAGGAAAUUAUUACAUAAAAAAUUUUAUCUAUGAUAUGCCAAUUAUGUACGUUCCUCAGUUCACUUGGGUUACCAUCGGUACCAUCCGUUCCAUGAUUUUGUUUGGAAAUCGAUUUGAUCCAGUUUUGUAUUACCAAGUUAUUGAACAAAGUGAGUUAUUGAAUGAUUUAAAUACAUUCAAGAGAAAAGAUCUUAGAUAUAUCAAUGAUGAACAUAGUCUAAGUAAAGGGCAAAAGGCACGAAUUUGUUUAGCACGGGCUUUGUACCACCAUUACAUACACAUGAGUGAUUUAUUGAUUGAUUAUGAAAAUGAAAUAAAUGAAAAUAAUAAAUGUCGUGAAGAGAAGGUUCACGGAAAUUAUACUAUACACUCGUAUGCUGUGCAAAAAGUAAACAGUAAUAAUCACAAGGAAAAAAUGGGAGAAGAAAAAGAAGUAGCCAUGAAAGGAUGCCAGGACGAGAGAAAAACACAGACGAGUGUAGAAAAUCAAGGCAUAAAUGAAAACUCCCUUCCUCAGGAGAGGAUGGAGACGCACGAAUUGGAAGAAAUGAACAAUGUUAACAAAAUGGACAAAGCAAACAAUCCUACCAACAACACGCAUGACAGAGGAAAAAACACAAGAAGAAUAAGAAAUUCCAUUUCUCAUGGCAUCCAAGCGAAUGAUAUUAAAAUGGAUGAAUCACUGCAUGAUAAGAACAAAAGACAAUCAGAGGAAGUUGGAUGUGUUGGAAAAGGCGAAUCGAAUGAGGCAAACGAUGUGAUUAUAGAACCCACAGAAGAACCCGAGAAACAUAAUUCUUUUCCUUUUAAUAAUAAUAAAUAUAUUAAGGAGUGUCUAGAAAUUGAAGAAAUGUCCUACCUGUACUUGUUGGAUGACAUUUUCUGUUCUCUAGAUCCAUGCAUCUCUAAAAAUAUUUUCUACAAUUUGUUUUGCCAUAAGGAAAAUGUGCAAGGAUUUAAAAAUAAAUGUUCCUUUGUAAUGUCUGUAAAUCAGAACAUAUGGAACAGCUUUCUCUUGGAAGACAUUAUUAACAACCUUCAGUAUGAGGUAGAAAUAUAUGAACUUCAAGAUAGAACGUUGGUUUAUCACGGAGAUAUUCAUGCAUAUAUGAAAAAAAAUGAAAUAACUAUCAGGAAGGAACUACCCAAGGAACAUGGAAUCAAUUCUGAUGGAAGAACCAUUGCAUCUGGGUUAUCUCACUUUCCUUCUACACAUUCUCAGAAAUCUACAAACGGGAUAAUGGAAUUUUUCGAAGAUCAACAAAAAAGAAACAGAAGAAGACAAAAAAAAAAGAGCAGCACUAGCUAUGAUAUGAAAUAUCACAAAUUUAUGCUUCUGAAAGAACUAAAAAGUACAUAUUCAUGUAAACUAGAACCCAUAGGAUCUGCAUCUUUACAUGAACAUGGUAGAAAAUAUUCAUACGUUACACAAAAUUAUGGAGAGAAAAUGGAUAUGAAAAAGAUGGAGACAAGUGGGAAUUUAAGCAGCUUACUAAGUAUAGGAAGUAGGAAAAGAACAAUGAUUAAUAAUUACGCAGAAUUUUUAGUGAAGCAAAAUAAUAAGAAUUGUAGUUUAUCAUUUAAUGAAAGUGAUAAAGUAUAUUUACACGAAUUUGAAAAUGUGAAUAAAAUAUUACAAUCUCAGCUGAAGGAAAAUUAUGCAUGUGAUUAUAUUGGAAUCAAUGAAAAUGAUGAAGAAGAAGAAGAAGAAUUCCGAUUUAGGGGAAAUAUAAAAUGGAAAACUUUUAUAUGGUAUCUAAAAAUGAUUGGAAAACGACUCAUAAUAGUAAUUAUUUUUUUUAUGAUAAUAUCUAUAUUUACUGAUGAAAUAAAAAAUAUGUUAUUAUUCAUGACAAGCACAUUAAUUCGAAAUGGAACAGCACAGAAUGAUUCUGAAAUUUUAAGGAAGCAAUUAAUUUACUUGAAAUAUUUUGUAUUAUUACCAUCCAUAUCUUUAUUAACAACACUAAUUGCAUUCAUGGUUAUUGCACAUGGAAUCGGAAUAUCAGCUGUGAAAGUUCACACAGAAGUUUUGACCAGUAUUUUAUACGCACCUAUACAUGCUUUUUAUAGCAAUAAUUUAGGAAAUAUAAUUAAUCGAUUCAUUACAGAUAUUAAUGUUCUUGAUAAUGGAAUAAUAAAAAGAAUUUAUAAAACAUUUUACACGUUCUUUCGUUUUCUUUUUACAAUAUUUUUACUUAAUUAUAUGGUUAAGCAUACAAUAUAUGUAUUUCCAUUUAUUCUUUUAUUAAUUUAUUUCUUUGUUUUUCAAAAAUAUUCAAUAGGAUGUAAAGAAGCACAACGAGGGUAUCUAUGUGCUCAUGCACCCUUAUGCACAAUUUAUAGCAAUACAAUAGCGGGAAAAGAUAUAAUUAAUAUGUAUAAGAAAAAUAAACACUUCAUGUCUCUAUAUACAAAACGAGUAUUGGAUUUCAAGAAUUAUACAAUUUUUAAAUGGUCUCUUACCAUUUGGGCCUCUCUCUAUGUACAGUUGAUUGUUCUUUGCCUUACCUCCUUUUAUAUUCUCUAUCCUUAUCUCAUAUUGCCACACCUUGGAAAAUUAAAUGAUCCCAAUUUUAUGAACCAAGAAGCAAAUGCAAAUAUUAUUGGAUAUUGUGUCACCUUUUCAUGCAGCCUUGGGUUUAUCAUUAAGUCUCUACUUUAUGAUUACACCCAUGUGGAGAAGGAAAUGUGCAGUACCCAGAGACUGGAGGAGUGUUCUCAAAUGAUUAAUGAGAAUGUUGGAUAUUCAGAUGAGGAAGCAGAAGAGCAUGCAACUGGGAGAGACGGGCGCACAGCGGGGACAGACCAACGCACAGCAGAAAGAGACGAGCGCACAGCGGGGACAGACCAACGCACAGCAGAAAGAGACGAGCGCACAGCGGGGACAGACCAAAUGAUCACGGCUGAUGCCAAUCCAAAAGCCAAGUAUGGGUUCCACUUUGAAAAUGUGUUUGUGAGCUAUAAGAAGAAAAUUUAUAUAGACAAGGUUCGAAACGUUUAUUACUAUGCAAACGAAAAAUCAUGCUUGAGAAAUAUUAACAUAUAUGCAUUGAAGGGGCAGAAGGUUGGAAUCGUGGGAAAAUCAGGUGCAGGAAAAAGUACAACCUUUCUCUCAAUCCUUGGACUAAUAUCAACGACACGAGGAAAUAUUACUAUCGAAGGUCGUGACAUAAAAUCAAUGAGUUUGGAGGAAAGAAAAAACACAAUAGGUCUUCUUCCCCAAUCUUCCUUUGUUUUCUUUCAUUGGAAUGUCAGAACAUACAUAGAUCUUUACGACCAAUUUUCAGAUGAUGAAAUUAUUGAUGCUUUUAAGUUGAUUGGGAUAAAUCUUGGUCAUAACGAUUUGAACAAAUAUAUAUAUAAACAAAAGGAAAAAAAAAAAUCGAAUCACGGACAGAGAGGGGGGGAGAAGGAGGGACGAAAACAAAAAAAUUCAUCUGCAUCAGUUGUGGGUGGUGCAGAAUCGUCAGAAGUACCACAAUCAUACACUUCCAAAUCUGGGUCUACCUCUACCUAUGCAGCUGCAUCUACAUCUGCAUCUGCAUCUACCUAUGCAACUGCAUCUGGAUCUACCUCUAAAUCUGCACCUGAAUCUGCAUCGACGUCAGAAAAUUUUCUCUCUCUCUCGGAUGAUUGCAUACGCUACCUGGCCCUCGUACGAAUUUAUCUGAACAGACAUAUAUACAAGCUUGUACUGAUUGAUGAAAUACCAGUAAUUAACUUAAAUCUAAGUAACAGCAAUUCGAAUCAUUUUUUUUCAAGUAAUGUUAAAUCGUUUGAGUAUAUCAUAAGCAACUAUUUCAAGCACAUUACUGUUUUGAUAAUUGCUCAUGAUGUGACUACCCUAUCUUGUUGUGAUUUCAUUUAUGUCAUGGCCAAUGGGGAAGUAAUUUACAAAUGCAAUUAUGCAGAUAUCAAAACGCAAGCGGGUCUAGCUGCCCUCAUUCAGGAGCAAACUUAA